AUUCAAGCGUUGUGGUACUCGAAGUUUCGAGGCGCGCGUUGUGUUGUGUUGAAAUUGUGUUCGAUCCAAAAAAUCCUAACGUCGCGUGCCGUCGUUGUUUUUGUGGCAAGCAGUGCAGAAAUCGUGUCAAAAAAUCGGCUAAAGCUUGAGCGGAAAGUGACCAAUGCAAGGCCAAAACCACUGCCUCUAAAAAAGCUAAAGAUCCCUCAAGUUGCUUGUUCGUUUGUAGCCUGUCGGUUGUUGCCCGUGCGUCGAUAGUUGUUGCAACUUCGUGAGAGAAACACAAGGGCAACUCAAGCGGCCCAAAAUCAAGCCCUUCAGGACAGAUAAAUUCUAUCAUAAUACCUGCCUGAUUGUUGUUGUUUUGAAAUAUAUAUAAUAUAUAUCUUGGUGUUGCUGCUGUGCUCGUGAGAUGUUGCUGCUGCAACUGCCGCAGAUUAUUGUGGCCCAGUGUCAGUGUGAGAGAAAAUCAAGCAACUGAAUGUUAGCUCAGGAUGAUGCCAAGCGGAUUACACUUAAGGAUUAAAUAACAAAUGGCGAAUGUCAGCGGCAGUGAGCGGAGUCUGAUGAUGGAAAAAUCGAACUGAAAAACAAAUCAGACGGCAGAGAAAAAUCAAGUUGAAAAGAUGAGAGUGAAAAUGCAAGCAGCUGCAGGAAAAAGCGAGAAAAUCACGAAAUCGCAGCUAGACCAAAUGGGAAACUUAUGAAAAGUACUAAAAGCAGCACAAGAACCAAGAAAAUACGAAAAACAACGUCGGAAAAGGGAAAAUUAAAGCAACAAUUACUGGGGAACCGGGCCAAGAACCCUGGAGAAUACACAAAUAUAAUAAACGUUUUUGAGGAAAAGUCGGUAGUAAAAAACAAACCGCCAAAGGAAAGGAUUCCCAUAAAAUUACCCAACAAAAAUGGAUACAGUUUUCGCUGCGGUUUUUCCCCGGCAGCUAGUGGCUUUUCUUCUGGUCCUGGCCACAGCUUUUUCGCCAGUCCGAGGUGAACAGCACCCGGCAAGUGCCGAUGAAGGACCGCUUUCGGAGAUUUUGACUGCCACUGGUUCGGAAGUCGCGUUGCCUUGCGAUCUUCUGCCUGCCACAGGAAUCGCCGAUAAGGUGCAACUGGUCAUCUGGUAUCGCCAGGGAAAUGUCAAGCCCAUCUAUACUUUUGAUGCUCGAGGUCGUUCCUUAACUCAGGCCAUUCCUUGGGCGGAUGAAAGUGUCUUCAAUAAGAAGGCGCAUUUCCAUCAUGAUACUAAUCCUCCUGCCCUGCGGAUAAAAAACAUACAAACCUCGGAUGCUGGACUUUACAAGUGUCGCGUGGAUUUCCACAAGUCACCCACUCGUAAUUGGCGCAUUAAUGUGACAGUGCUGGUUCCACCCACCCAACUGGCCAUCCUGGAUCACCAUGGAGCCGAGAUACGCGACCAGACGGCAGGACCUUACUUGGAGGGCGACAGCAUCGACUUGACCUGCCUUUCGAGUGGUGGAAUUCCUCCUCCACGGGUCUCCUGGUGGCGGGAACACGCCCUGAUCGACGACUCCUUUCAGGUCCUGCCCGAUGGCUCCGUUCGCAAUGUCCUGCGCGUGAAAAACAUCCAGCGGAAGGAUCUCCUAACGAUGUACACUUGCCAGGCGACCAACGGCCAUGUGGUUCAAGCGCUGACCAAGAAAGUUAUCCUCGAAAUAAACCUUCCGCCACUCAGUUUGCUUUUGCAAGGAUUAAAUCACGCCGUAAUAGCUGGAACCCGAACCCAUGUAACCUGCACGGCGAUUGGAGCUCGUCCUCCGCCGGAAAUUGUUUGGUCCAAGGCGGGUCAGAUUGUCAGAGGAGCUACCUCCUCGACCUCCUCCGAUGGAAACACCACCAUAUCGGAGCUAAUGUUGAUCCCUGUUCCCGAGGAUAAUGAACGGCAGGUGGUCUGCUCGGUUUCCCUAAAUUCAGGCAUUACCUCCCAACAAUUGCACGAGGGCCACACAACUGUGAUGACAACUCUGGGAAAUGGACACACUGGACUGUAUCUCAAGGACUCCAGGGUGCUAAAUGUGACACAUGCACCAAUUGUCAAUCUGAAUCUGGGAGCUCCCCUCGAUCCAAAUAAUUUACUCAAGGGCACCGAUGUCUACCUGGAGUGCGAAGUGAAAGCAAAUCCUGCAAUUACACGUGUGGAGUGGUAUCACAGUGACAAGCAACUGCACUCCUCGCGGGGCAUCAUCAUCUCGAACCAGACCCUCGUCCUGCAGGGCAUUUCGAAGUCCUCCCAUGGCCAGUACUUUUGCAGGGCCAGCAACCUGCAGGGCAGUGUGUCCAGCAACGAGGUCUACUUGGACGUCAAGUACCCACCCGUUUGCAAGUCGGAAUCGACGAUUAUACGUGCCGCACUGAAGCAGACAAUCAACAUCACCUGCGAGGUGGACGCGAACCCACUCGAUAAUCUAAAUUACAAGUGGCACUUCAACAACUCGCUGGAGAGCCUCAUCGAGCUGCCGCAACUGGGAGUGCCGGCUCCGCUGAUGCUGGCCACCGGAUCGGAUUUGGGCGGAUACUACCAGCGGAGCAAGCGGAAGCACUCGCACGGAGUGCAGCAGCGGCUCCUCCACGGAAGACACGGCCGCAUGGCAGCCGUGCGGUUCGAGGACGAGGACGACGAGUACGGCGAGAUGGAGGAGUACGGCGAGGAGGUGGGACAGCCCUUCACCCAGAUGGUCUACUCGAACAUGGUGCACAAGAACCACGUGGAGAACAGCAAGCAGCAGCAGCGGAAGCAGCUGUCCAACCAGCAGCAGCAGCAGCAGAUGUCAUCCGGCGGUUUCCCCGGAGACGGACACCACAGCUCCUCCUCGUCCUCCUCCUCCUCCUCCUCUUCUUCCACCUCCUCUGCCAGCGGAGUCCUGGCGGAGCGAAAGCGACUGGCCGCUUUGCACAAGCAGCACCACCGAGGAGGCGUGGCCACGCCGCCCACCACCACCUCUGCACCGCCGCUGAACAACGUGUACAGUUACCACGUGGAGAGCUACGAGAGCUUCGGCGCCAUUUCCUGCGUGGCCAGCAGUCUGAUGGGCCACAGUCCGCCCUGCUGGUAUCACAUCCAACCGGCAGACCUUCCCGAACCGGUGAAGAACUGCUCGGCCUUCAAUGCCACGGCGAACUCGCUGCAAAUCCAGUGCAUUCCCGGCUACGAUGGUGGAAUUCCUCAGCACUUUCACGCCCAGAUCUACGAUGAACUGAACCGGCAGAUCCUGUACAACGCCUCGUACAAGUAUCCGGAGUUUACGGUGAAGCGGCUGCCCAGUGACUCCGUGUUCGUCAUCCGGAUAACGGCGGUGAAUGCCCAGGGUCCCAGCAAGGUGGCUUAUCGCCUGCGAGGACGUACGCUUUCAGCACCUUUGCUUCGAACAGCCUCGUCGACGGCGGUGCUGGUGCAACUGACCCCCCUGCUGGGCGCCCUGGUCGGCGUGGUUGCCACACUCAUUCUGGUGGCCAUUUGCGUGGUGAUCGUUAUCAAAUUCCGCAGCAAGGGGAGUGGGAGGCGCCACGGGAACGGGAGCGAUGCCACCACCACGGAGGCGGACAAGGGGAGCGCCGAACCGUUGUCGCGCAACAUGGGCAGCCACUCGAGCCUCGAGGACAAAAACCCGGAUGUGGUGCCCCAGGAGGCCAACAGCGAGGACGAGUUCCACCAGGAGGAGAAGGCCUUCGACCGAUUGAAUAUGGAAUCGCAGCGGAUUCUGUACACCCCGCCGUCCCGGAUUAACACCGCCUCCCCGCCGCCGCCCUCACUUUCGCCGACUUUUGGCAAACAGUACGGUGAACUCUCGCUGACCACGAACCCCGCCUUCAGCUUGUACAACACGCCCCAGCGAGCUCCUGCCGUUCAGCGACCCGUUUACACCGCCCCGCCGCCCCUUUUGUCGACGCGGACGCCCCCGAACAUCUACACCCGCAUCCCGGGGCGAGGGGGUGGCGGGGGCGGUGCAACGAUCACGGCGACAGGAGCCGGCGGCUAUCACCUGCCGGCGUACGAGACCAGGACCUCGCCCACCUCGCCCUACGGCUCGACGACCACGUGCACGAUGCCCCUGCUGGGCGGCCAAUCCUCCAAUGGAUCGCUGCAGACCAACGGCAGCGGGCUGGGAGGCGUGGGCCUGGUGGGCGGCGGCGGGGGAUGCAACACCCUGCCCCAUCCGGGCAGCCUCCAUGUGGGCGGCAUUUCGGCGGCCUUGACCAGUUCGGUGACCAGUGGAAACAUCACAAUUGGAGCGGCUCAGUCGCUGCUCACAUCGCCGCGCUCCCAAACCGCCACGUAUAGCACCACUUUGGGGGGCGUGGCCGGGGUACAGUCACCGCUGCUGAUGAGCGGCGGCGGGAACUACGAGACGGUGAGCUCCUGAGAGUUAGCCAAAGAGGACAUCAAGUGUCAGAUCGUGUGUAUUGGCGGGAGCAGUACGUGCACCACCACAACUCUUGGCGCCGAGCGCACCACCAUCGUCUAAGAGCAAAAUAUAUAGGACGAAGUAUAUAUAUAGUCGAAGAGGUAACUGAAUCCCAAAAUCUGUAUUAUAGUAGUUAAGCUGCAUCGAAAAAAAAAACUUGACAAGACUUCCAAACAAAGAGUAGCAGCAGGAGCAGAUGGAUAAUUAAUUUAAAACUCAUAUGAAUAUAGACAUAGCCUGUGUGUACUGGAUUUAGCAUUGUUUCUGGACCCGACUAAACCGUAACUGUAAGCCACAAAC